UCUCUUCCUUCUUAAUUAGUAAUUUAUUUUCUUUAAUUUCUUAUUAAUCCUUUUUAUUAGUAGUUUAAUAAUUUUGUGCUCGAAUCUGCUUUGAUCGAUCUCUAAAACCAGGGAAAUUUACUUUUUUUUUCUCGGAAACUUUGUUUUAUUUUGAAGUGAUUCCUGCUUGCUAGUUCUUGAUCUUCUUGUUUAACUUGCUAUAAAGUCCUUAAUUAAGGUUAUCUGUUGAUUCUGUUGGGUUCUUAUUUUUCUAAUUCGAGUUCGAUUACACUAUGGGAGUUUCAAUGCGUGUGAUCAAUCUUGGAAUGAACUUUGAUUAGUAGUUCAGUUCAAGUAGUGGGGUGAUUUGAUCGCUAAUAUGUGCUAUUAAAGUGCAACAAUUUUAGGUUUAGCUAGACAUUCUCGGUUUAGUAGGUUGGUUCCAAAAUUAGGGUUUCUUUGGUGUGUGUGUGUGUUUGUGUGUGGUGGUGGGGAGGGGGAACAGUUAAAGAAAUUUCUUUCUUUAAAUUGUGGGGAUUAAUCUUGGAAAUCUCUGGGGGCUUUUUUCACAGUGUUUCCAGUCUUGGUUGAUUUAUCUGAAUGGAAUACUGUUUGAAAAGUUGAAACUUUGUUCUCUUGAAGCAUGGACAAUACGAAUUCUAAUAUUUGUUAUCUGCUUUCUCUAUUAUACAUUGUUUAUAGAUCUCUGCAUCAAAUUGUUGAGGGCGUAUUUAUUAUUAGAAAGGCCUGGCUCUGGAUAGCUAUUUAGACUCCAGCCACCAAGGGGCGUUGCCUCCUAUGGCACCUUCUGGGGUGGCUGGUGGGUUAACCCAAUCUUCCUCAAGUUCUGGAAUUUUCUUCCAAGGAGAUGGGCAGUCCCAGGCUGUAGUUAACUCUCGCUUGAGCUCACCUUAUGAGAACUCAUCUAAUUCAAUUCCUGGAACUGGGCGUCCUAAUCUGGGUCCGGUUUCGGGGGACAUGAACAGUGCGGUGUUGAACAGUGUGGCAAACUCAGGACCUAGUGUUGGGGCAAGUUCUUUAAUCACAGAUGCAAAUUCGGCAUUGUCGGGGGGUCCCCACUUGCAGAGAAGUGCUAGCAAUAAUACAGAUUCAUAUAUGCGCUUACCAGCAUCACCCAUGUCAUUUUCUUCCAACAAUAUAAGCAUGUCAGGUUCAUCGGUUGUUGAAGGAUCCUCUGUAGGCCAGCAAGGCACUCAUCAAGACCCAAAUGUACAACAAAGGCAGCAGAGUCAACAGCUGCAGCAAGGGGCCUCAAGUGCUACGUCUUUGCCCACAUCACAAACUGGACAAGUUUCACUUCCCUUGGGUCCACGAGUCCCCUUGAUGCAAGACCCUAGUAAUCCAUCCCAGGUGCAGAGGAAACCUCGAUUAGAUAUCAAGCAAGAAGACAUUCUGCAGCAGCAGGUGUUGCAACAGCUGCUGCAAAGACAGGAUUCCAUGCAGUUACAAGGUCGAAACCCUCAGUUACAAGCUUUGAUCCAGCAGCAGAGACUUAGGCAACAGCAACAGCAACAGCAACAGUUUUUGCAGUCAAUGCCACCAUUUCAGAGAGCCCACUUGCAGCAGCAGCAGCAGCAGCAGCAGCAGCAGCAACAACAACAACAACAAAUGCAGUUGAGGCAGCAUUUGCAACAACAGGGCAUGCAGCAAGUAGCUGCAAUGAAGCGUCCCUUUGAUGGUGGUGUAUGUGCUCGUCGGCUAAUGCAAUACCUGUAUCACCAACGGCAAAGGCCACUUGAAAAUACUAUUGCAUACUGGAGGAAAUUUGUGGCGGAGUAUUAUUCUCCUCGUGCAAAGAAAAGGUGGUGUUUAUCACGAUAUGAUAAUGUUGGGAGUCAUGCACUUGGUGUUUUCCCUCAAGCAGCUAUGGAUGCUUGGCAGUGUGACAUAUGCAGGUCUAAGUCUGGAAGGGGGUUUGAGGCAACUUUUGAAGUACUCCCCAGACUUAAUGAAAUCAAAUUUGGCAGUGGCGUAAUGGAUGAGCUUCUGUUUCUGGACUUGCCUCAUGAGUGUAGAUUUCCUUCUGGAAUAAUGAUGUUGGAGUAUGGAAAAGCAGUUCAGGAGAGUGUAUAUGAGCAGCUUAGAGUUGUUCGUGAGGGUCAGCUUCGCAUCAUAUUCACUCAGGACUUAAAGAUAUUGUCUUGGGAGUUUUGUGCGCGUAGACAUGAAGAACUUUUUCCUCGUCGUUUAGUUGCACCUCAGGUAAACCAGUUACUUCAGGUGGCACAAAAAUGCCAGAGCACAAUUUCUGAAGGUGGAUCUGAGGGGGUUUCUCAGCAGGACUUGCAAACAAACAGCAAUAUGGUCCUGACAGCUGGACGACAGCUUGUGAAGAGUUUGGAGUUGCAAUCGCUGAAUGACUUGGGUUUUUCAAAAAGAUAUGUGAGAUGUUUGCAGAUUGCCGAGGUUGUUAACAGCAUGAAGGAUCUUAUAGAUUUUUGUCGAGAACACAAGGUUGGGCCAAUUGAGGGCUUAAAAAACUAUCCUCGACAUGCCAAUGCUGCCAAACUCCACAUGCAAAAAAUGCAGGAAAUAGAGCAGCUAGCAAAUGUUCAGGGUCUGCCAACUGACAGGAAUACCCUCAAUAAGCUGAUGGCAUUGCAUCCUGGAAUAAAUAAUCCACUGGGCAACAAUCAUCAUAUGGCUGGUCGAGGAACUUUAAGUGGUUCAGCACAAGCUGCUUUGGCACUUACUAACUUCCAGAAUCUUCUUAUGAGGCAGAAUUCAAUGAAUUCAAACCCUAAUUCACUUCAUCAGGAAGCUUCAUCUUCCUUCAAUAAUUCUAACCAGAGUCCAUCUUCAAAUUUCCAAGGGCCUGCUACCUUGUUAUCUGCAUCCAUGCAGACCCUGCCUGUUAGUGGCUUAUCAAGUCCCCAUUUUCCAGCUCAGCAGGAGCAACUGCUGCAGCAUACAUCGAGCGCUAAUAACUUAAUCCAACAGAACCAUCCACAGUCCUCUCAGGGUAACCAGGCUUUACAACAACAAAUGAUCCAACAGUUUCUCCAUGAGAUGUCUAAUAACAAUACGGGAGUUCAACAGCAGUCACUGAGUGAGCAGAAUGUGAAUGGGAGUGUGGGAAGAAAUGGAGUUGGCCUUGGAAACAACAACACUGCUCCGGCUGCAGCUACCUCUAAUGUGUCAGGAAGUGUUGCAGGGCCUGCAUCGAGUCGAAGCAACAGUUUUAAAGUUGCUUCAAACAGUGACACUGCGGCAGCUGGUGACAACAAUGGAUUCAACCAGAGAGCACCUGAUUUACCUCAGAAUCUCCAUCUGCAGGAUGAUAUAGUUCCGGAUAUAGCUCAUGAGUUUGCGGAAAAUGGGUUCUUUAACAGUGACCUUGACGAUAAUAUGGGUUAUGUCUGGAAGGCAUGACUAAUAUACUUUGGCCCGAUUAAUAGCUUCUGUUGGGUGAGCAUUGGGCAAAUCGUUGUACAGUAUGUUUGAAAGAGCUGCCCUUUUUCUUCUCUAUUUUUUUCCUUUCUUUGUAGCCCUCUCUAAUUUUGCAUUGUUGUGACAUCACUUUCUUUGUGCUUCAGUAGGUAUUUAGUUAUCCUUUUUCCUUUAUUUUAUUUUUUUUAAGGUCUUCUCGUUUUCAAGUCUUGCAAGUGUAAUCUAUUGGACGAACUUGAGAACAGAUUCAGUCUCUUACUAAUAUGAUAUUUACAUGUUUCAC